AACAAGCCCGGAUCAUAAAAUCGAGAAUAAUAAAUAGCCAGCUAAAAAAGCUUCUUGAAAAAUGCAGAUCAAAGUGGAAAACGAAAAUGCAAACGGAUCAUCUCAAGAAAUCUGCGAAGAAGAAGAAGUGCCCUUACUUGCGUACAAAGGCAUACCCGAAGUGCAGAGAAACCCAAUCCAGCAAGCCAUUAGCGAGACGUUUGCAAGCACUGCCCACCUAGCCAACCUUCUGCCAACUGGCUCAGUGCUCGCCUUUCAGCUUUUAUCCCCGAUAUUCUCGAAUCAAGGACAGUGCGACUCAGUGAGUCGAUUCUUGACUGGUGGGCUGGUGGCACUCUGUGGACUGUCUUGUAUUUUGUUGAGCUUUACAGAUAGCUUCAACGACCAAAAGGGGAAUAUAUAUUACGGUUUCGCCACGUUUCGUGGCUUGUGGAUCAUAGAUGGAUCGGCAACUUUACCUCCGGAGGUUUCAGCAAAGUACAAGCUAAAAUUUAUCGAUUUCGUCCACUCGUUGAUGUCGAUAUUGGUUUUUGCAGCCAUUGCACUGUUUGACGAGAAUGUGGUGAACUGCUUUUAUCCGGAACCUUCAACUGGAGUGAAAGAGGUCCUCACAGCAAUGCCGGUUGGAAUUGGAGUAACCUGCAGUAUGCUGUUUGUUGUUUUCCCCACUAAACGACAUGGCAUCGGUUUUCCAGUCACUGCCAGUUGAAACCCUGUCAAUCAGUACUAUUCAAAUUUGAUUCAAAGAUGCUUUUGUUUCGUGUAAUGGAUUAAUAUUUCAUCUUAUUCGUGAUUAAUGUUAUUGCUUCCUGUCUGUAGUGUAACCACGCUGAACGGAACCUGCAAAAAUGAUAUCGAAUGAUUGUCA